ACAAGGCACUCCUCCGAGGAUUUCUGCACUUUUUGGUGAUUCCUUUCUUACAACGAAUUCUAAUUUCACAGAAUUAACAACUUAAGAAACCUUCUCGUCUCGACUGCCAGUUACCAAGGUAUAUGAAGGUAAUUUAAGCGAUAAAUCUUGUCAGYUCGUGUGGAAAUAAGUAUUUGAUAAACUUAGAKUUACGAUUGGGCAUURCUGGUUUAUGAUUUGUAGUUUAACGUGCGAUAAUUCUUGGAUCGACCGUGUAAUCAACAGUCUAUUUUACUGAAGCCUCCAGUUGAAUCUACGCCAUUAAACAGUUUUCAAAACUUGGACAAUUAACUAAAUUGCACUUUAAGGAUUUAUAGAAGUGCUGCUGACAAAGACAUUUCCCUUGUAUUAGAAACAACUUUCAAAUCAAACAUUGGAACAGGCAAAUCUUUCAAAAAUACAUAAAACGACGCCACUAAGCAGCAAUGGAGGACCUCAUUGUUUGAACUCUGUGUGUUAUCAGCAAAUGUAAGGCCAUAUUGAUAAACAACUUUGAGUCAAGUACAAUUCCAAUACAUUGGAAUAACAAAAGUUUUGAAAACACCAUAAAAGUCACACCAAAGCAUCGUCCUUCAAAGGAGUUCCCAUCACCUUGAGCUUAUCCAAGUGUUCGUCAUAUUUCAUUCUAAUAAAACAGAAAUUAUCUCAAUGAACAUGUAAAUUAUGCCUAAGAGUGCACCACCAACUCCGCCGCCGCCCCCGCCGAUACCACCACCGCCACCACAACCAGCAACAACGUCAUCGUCGACUCCAAGGCAAAAAAAUAACUACACUCGAUUAAGCAGACUUUUAAUCGAUAUUGGGACAAGAGUUUUGAGAGGUGUCUUUGAUUCAUUAGUCUUACAUUUGAAUGGUGAUCUUCGAAAACAUCUCCACUCCACCGCUGUACACAAUAAGCUGAAAACCCUUAAAAAUAAAGGAGUCCUGAGAGUAAAACAAUGGGUAAAGUUAUACCCAACAGCACCAGGAGUCCCAUCGUCGUCUACCUUCGACAUAACAUUGCUCUUCCUUCUCCUACGGAAUACCUGUGGCCUUACUGCACCCACUACAGGUUGGAAUGCUGCCCCACCUCCAGCUGAUAUUAGCAAAGAGGCUGAUCUGAUUCGAGUAAAAGAAUGUCGAAAUGAAAUCACUGGUCAUAGCCCCGAGGCAAAACUCUCCGAUAUCGAAUUCGAGACUCAGUGGGUUGAAAUUAAGCCAGCAUUAUUAAGGCUUGCGCACUCAUAUCGUCAUGUCAGUGAUUAUGGGACACAAAUCGAGCGUCUGAAAGAGAUCGAGUCGAUGGAUCCACUAAAUGAAGCCGACCUAAAUAUUCUUCUUCAAUCGUGGGAAGAAGGCGAAGAAAAGAAAAUGGAAAUCAUCAUCCAAAAACUAAAAAAGAUAUCAAUGCAAUUACCGUCUGAAAAUGAAAGUCUGCCACAGUUUUGUAUGUUGCCUCAGAAACCAUCUCAUCAAACUAUCAACCGUACCAAUGAAGUAACAGAGAUAAUGUCCAACAUACAGCAMCUUAAAGCAAUGUUUCCACAUGAAAUCACCAUUACGUAUUUGUCUGGAAAUCCUGGUUGUGGUAAAAGUGAGCUUGCGAGGCAGAUUGGAAAGAAAUAUUUUGAAAAUGUUGACGAAUCAGCCAAGUGCGUAUCGACGCUGAACGCAUCUAAUCUUGAAAGCUUAACUCUAUCAUAUAUCGUCCUGGCAAGAAACCUUCGAUGCAGCGAAGAAUCCAUAGCAUCAAUCAAUACCAUCACCUCUCAAGAACACAAACUCGCUCAACUACGAGGAAAUGUCUCCAUACAACUGCACAGUUACUCCUCCUGGCUGAUGAUUGUAGACAAUGUGGAAGAUCUUCAGCUAGUCUCAAGGUUUCUCCCUCAUGCAGGAGAAAAUCUGCAACACAGUAAAGGCCAUAUCCUAAUAACAACGCAAGACAGCCCGUCCAUACCACUGCGUGAUCCACAUGCACAUCAUAUGCCCUUAAGCCGUGGUAUGGAACCUAAGGACGCAGUGGAAUCACUGCUUGAAAUUUCUGGAUGUUCUGACAAAGAAGAAACUAUGAAUGCCGUUGCUAAGCAGCUAGAUUUCCAGCCUUUAKCUCUCGCAUGUGCAGCAGUUUACGUCCAGGAAGUCCGCAUUGCAGAUCCUACCAUGACAUGGGAAAAAUACCUUCACCAUAUCCAAGCAGGCAAUAUUGAAUCAACUGAACGAAUGUACAAAGAAAUCAACAGCUCAUAUAAAACUUCAAUGACAACAGCUGUAAAGAUGGCAGUCCAAAAUGUCAUAGAGAAAAGUCCAGUAAUGCUCCAUGCUUUUGAAUUCUUGGCUGCUUUGGCUCCGGAGUUCAUAUCGCUAGAUGAUGUUGUAAGUUAUGUGAUGAAAUGCAUGCCUAACGAAGUCGAUAAAAAAUUAUUGGCAAGAAAGAUAAUGAAGUCGUCACUCGUUCUUACGUCUGCGGAUAAAGUAGAACCAAUGAUUCGCGUCCAUCAAGUUGUAUUCAACGUUCUUCAAUCAGUAGUCCAAGAAUUACACAGCGACGAAGAAGAUGAAUUGUCGUAUUUAACAAAAGUGAUUGAAGUGUUUUCAUAUCUUGACAAAAUGGAUAAAAACAGCAUUGAUUACAUCAAAUGUACAGGAAAACUUGUUGUGCACGUGGUAAGUUUGUCUUACAAAGUAAAAAUGUUUUUCGAGCGACGCGAAAUUUUGGUUUCGACAGAAAAGGACAAGUAUGGAAUACGCUACCAAGUAAACAGAACAACUACGAGUCAGUAUCUACAAGUAAUGACACUAUUGAAGAAACGUCUGUGUGACGUUUUGAGAGAACAGAAAAAGUAUGAUAUAUGUAGAAGUCUGCUAGAAAUAUGCAUGUCACUUACAAUUACAAAAUCUGACACUACGAAGAACGAGGUCGACACGAAAACUUCAGACGAGCACAUGUACGAUGACGACCAAAUUAAAAGGCAACAAUGGUUCUUUAACGAAUUAGGAWUCACAUUAKAUARCCUUGGUGAAUACCGUGAAGCAAAGGAGUGUUAUGAAAAAUCUCUAAAAAUGGCCAGGAUGGCCUACGGAAACACUCACACUGAAGUGGCUACAAGUUUAAAUAACUUAGGAAUAUUGCUGUUUCACCUAAACAAAUUUGUAGAAGCCAAGGAAUAUUUAGAAAAAGCGAUCGCUAUCAACAAAAGCAUGUACGGAGACAAAAACCCUCAUGUGGCUGCAAGUUUAAGUAAUCUAGGAUCAGCAUUGAGUGAUCUUGGAAGUUACAAAGAAGCAAAGGAGUAUUACGAAAAAGCACUUGCCAUCUACAAAAGCACGUACGGAGACAAUCACCCUCAUGUGGCUACAAGUUUAAGUAAUCUAGGAUCAGCAUUGAGUAAUCUUGGAAAUUACAAAGAAGCAAAGGAGUAUUACGAAAAAGCACUUGCAAUAGAAAAAAGCACGUACAGAGACAAUCACCCUUCAGUGGCUACACAUCUGGUUAAUAUUGGAGGAGUAUUGAGAGACAUUGGAGAAUAUAAAAAAUCAGUGGAGUGUAUAGAAAGAGCAAUAACUAUUCAUAAAUCAGUUUUUGACAAAACCCAUCCUUAUAUAGGAAUUUUCUUUUAUAAACUGGGCCUUUCACUGCAUGCUUUGUGCAUCAACGAGGAAGCCAAAGAUUCCUUUGAAAAUUCACUUACAAUCCUUGAAGCUGCAUAUGGUGAAGACSAUCCACGAGUAGCAAGRACAUUAAAUGGCCUGGGAGAACUCCAGCUGGAAMAGGGAGAUAACGAACUAGCCAAACUGAAUUUKGAAAGAGCAUUAGCUAUCAAUGAAAAAUCAUUAGGUGCACUUCAUCCUGAUUUUGCUAUGACYCUGAACAACCUUGGAAAACUCUCUGAAARUCUUAAUGAAUAYGAACAAGCCAAAGCCUACUUUGAAAGAGCACKGAAAAUCAACGAARAAGCAUUAMRUGGAAGCCAUCCUAAARUUGCSAUUACUUUAAACAACCUUGGACAUCUCUUGRUYAAACUGRAGRAAGAUGAAGAAGGGAGACAUUGCUUGGAAAGAGCUGCUGCUAUCAAGGGAAAGAAUCCAGAUUACGCGUUUAACCUUGGUGAAUACCGUGAAGCAAAGGAGUGUUAUGAAAAAUCUCUAAAAAUGGCCAGGAUGGCCUACGGAAACACUCACACUGAAGUGGCUACAAGUUUAAAUAACUUAGGAAUAUUGCUGUUUCACCUAAACAAAUUUGUAGAAGCCAAGGAAUAUUUAGAAAAAGCGAUCGCUAUCAACAAAAGCAUGUACGGAGACAAAAACCCUCAUGUGGCUGCAAGUUUAAGUAAUCUAGGAACAGCAUUGAGUAAUCUUGGAAAUUACAAAGAAGCAAAGGAGUAUCACGAAAAAGCACUUGCCAUCAAAAAAAGCAUGUACGGAGACAAUCACCCUUCAGUAGCUACAAGUUUAAAUAAUCUGGGAUUAGCAUUGAGUAAUCUUGGAAGUUACAAAGAAGCAAAGGAGUAUCACGAAAAAGCACUUGCCAUCUACAAAAGCACGUACGGAGACAAUCACCCUUCAGUGGCUACAAGUUUAAGUCAUCUAGGAUCAGCAUCGAGUGAUCUUGGAAGUUACAAAGAAGCAAAGGAGUAUCAAGAAAAAGCACUUGCCAUCGACAAAAGCACGUACGGAGACAAUCACCCUGAAGUGGCUACAGAUUUAGGUAAUCUAGGAUCAGCAUUGAGUAAUCUUGGCAGUUACAAAGAAGCAAAGGAGUAUCACGAAAAAGCACUUGCCAUCUACAAAAGCACGUACGGAGACAAUCACCCUGAAGUGGCUACAAGUUUAAGAAAUCUAGGAUUAGCAUUGAGUAAUCUUGGAAGUUACAAAGAAGCAAAGGAGUAUCACGAAAAAGCACUUGCCAUCAGAAAAAGCACGUACGGAGACAAUCACCCUGAUGUGGCUACAAGUUUGGAUAAUCUAGGAUCAGCAUUGAGUAAUCUUGGAAGUUACAAAGAAGCAAAGGAGUAUCACGAAAAAGCACUUGCCAUCWWMAAAAGCACGUACGGAGACAAUCACCCUCAUGUGGCUACAAGUUUAAAUAUUCUAGGAUUAGCAUUGAGUAAUCUUGGAAGUUACAAACAAGCAAAUGAGUGUCUCCAAAAAGCACUUGCAAUCGCCGAAAGCACGUAUGGAAGCAAUCACAGCUAUAUGGGUGCAAUAUUAUCUAAUCUGGGAAUAGUAUUGAGUGACAGUGGGGAAUAUAAAGAAUCAAAGGAGUGUAUAGAAAGAGCAAUAGCCAUUGACAAAACAGUAUUUGACGAAACGCAUCCUUAUAUAGGAAUUGACUUUUAUAAACUGGGACUUUCACURCACGCUUUGGGCCUCAACGAGRAAGCYAAGGAUUCUUWUGAAAGGUCACUUACAAUUCUUGAAGYUGCAUAUGGUGAAGACCAUCCACGAGUAGCAAGRACAUUAAAUGGCCUGGGACAACUYCAGCUGGAACAGGGAGAUAACGAACUAGCCAAACUGAAUUUKGAAAGAGCAUUAGCUAUCAAUGAAAAAUCAUUAGGUGCACUUCAUCCUGAUUUUGCUAUGACUCUGAACAACCUUGGAAAACUCUCUGAAAGUCUUGAUGAAUACGAACAAGCCAAAGCCUACUUUGAAAGAGCACUGAAAAUCAACGAAGAAGCAUUAGAUGGAAGCCAUCCAAAAAUUGCCAUUAUUUUAAACAAUCUUGGACAUCUCUUGGUCAAACUGAAGAAAGAUGAAGAAGGGAGCCAUUGCUUGGAAAGUGCUCGUGCUAUUAAGGAAAAGAAUCCAGAUUACGUAUUUAAGUUUUAAAUGAAUUAUUUCAAAUGACAAUGUUCCCAACAUAAUCCACAAAGAAAUUAACUUCGAGAUGUGUGACCUUAACUUCUUGUUGAUAAAAAUAUUAUAUAGAAAACAAAAUGAAAGGUUGGCUUAUUGUUAUGGUCGCAUUAUACUGCUAAUCGAGAUAAAUUGAAAUAGCUUUUACUCAAGUGAAAAUAUGCAGAAAACAUGCUUCCUUGUUGUUAUCUUCAAGCCUUCAAUUGUUCAUCGUGAAUUCUGACAUUCCACCAAUAAUGUAUCAAUGAAUUGUGCCUUUACUUGGCAUUUUAAUACCCCAUGCUUCUUUGUUGUAAUCUUCAAGCCUUCAAUUGUUCAUCGUGAAUGCUGACAUUCCACCAAUAAUGUAUCAAUGAACUGUGCCUUUACCUGGCAUUUUAUUACUCCAUAAUUCUUUGCCUUUUUAAUCUUCAAGCCUUCAAUUGUUCAUCGUGAAUGCUGACAUUCCACCAAUAAUGUAUCAAUGAACUGUGCCUUUACUUGGCAUUUUAUUACUCCACGCUUCUUUGCCCUUUUUAAUCUUCAAGCCUUCAACUGUUCAUCGUGUUUGCUGACAUACCGCCAAUUAAUAAUGUAUCAAUGAACUGUGUCUUUACCUGGCAUUUUAUUACUCCAUGCUUUGUUGCCUUUUUAAUCUUUAAGCCUUCAAUUGUUCAUCGUGGUUGCUGACAUUCCACCAAUAAUGUAUCAAUGAACUGUGCCUUUAACUGGCAUUUUAUUACUCCAUGCUUCUUUUUUGUUAUCUUCAAGUCUUCAAUUCUCAACCAAUGAUCGAACUGUGCCUUUACCUGGCAUUUUAUUACUCCACUUUUUAAUCUUCAAGACUUCAAUUGUCCAUCGAGAUUGCUGACAUUCCACCAAUAAUGUAUCAAAUGAACUGUGUCUUUACCAGACAUUUUAUUACUCCAUGCUUUUUUGCCCUUUGUUAUCUUCAAGCCUUCAAUUGUUCAUCGUGGUUGCUGACAUACCGCCAAUAAUACAUCAAUGAACUGUGUCUUUACCUGGCAUUUACUAUCAAUUAUUGACCUUUAAGUUAGAAAUGAUACGAUUACUAUAAUGAUAUAUGUGGGAUUUCAGGAGCGUAGGGUACAUUUGAUGAAUGUA